AUGGCUGAAGCGGUUGGAAACGUCGAUGUUGCUGCCAAAGUGGAAUCUUUAAAGAAAUGGACCAUUGGAACAUUUAAAAAUUCAAGACAACAGCUUUUAGAACACAUGGGAAAGACAGAUAAGACCGUCGAUGAAGUGUUUGAAAGGGAAUGUGAAGACCUCAAGGAACUGCACAAAAGGUACGGUAGCUUGGUUUCUGCCGCACGCGAAUUUACCAAGAUCUUGACUCAACUGAGUCAAGCGGAGAAGAACCUUGCUGAGAGCCUUCAACAUCUUUCAGUUAAAGAAGUUGCCAUUAAGUCACAAUGCACAACAACCUCCGAAUCAAUGCUACGUAUUGCUAAUCAUGCUGCAGCUCUGGAUAACUGUCUUCGUUAUUUUCAGUCAGCUAUGGAAACGCUCUAUAGCAAAACCAUAGUAGACACAUUGGAAACAAUUUAUGCAACAGAAGCGGCCCGGAUUGAGUUCGAUGUGUGUCGUCAUGAGUUGGAAGCUUUACAUAGUCAAGCAACUGCUAGCCCGACUGCUAUACAUGUAGCUAAUGAGAAAGCGAGUGUGCAACGGGAUAAAUACGAAAGGUUGAAAGAUGACGUUCGAGUAAAACUUCGGUUACUGGAGGAGAAUCGCAUAAAAGUGAUGGCAAAACAACUUGAAAGGCUUCAGACAGCAUUGGCGGCUUAUUUUUCUGGAAACGCUGAAUUGCUUGCUGUUGCCAUUGAAGAGUUGCGUUCACUUAAUGUUCCAAAUUCAUCAUUGAUUUUGUAA